AGCCCUCAGUGGAAUUCUUUCUCCCUCUCGCCCCUGGAAUGCUGUGAGUCUGGAAGGAUUUCUUGGACAGACAUUUUUGAUUAAAGCCUGUGUUAAGAAGGCUGGCUCAGGGCAGAUCAACGCCACUCCAAAUCCACUCGGUCAGGAGCAGCAGCAGAAUGGAGUUUCGAGGCGCCUGCUUGCUUCUGUGCCUCUUUUGCCUUGUGAAGGUUACAGUCCAGCAAGCUUCCACAUUCAGGCAAAAGCCAACGAGCUCCAAGAAAGAUGGUGUGAGCCUCAAAAUGAUUGAAGAUCUUAAGGCUCUGAUUGACAACAUCUCUCAGGAGGUGGCUUUACUGAAAGAAAAGCAAGCACUUCAGACAGUGUGUUUGAAGGGGACUAAAAUUCACCUCAAGUGCUUCCUUGCGUUUUCCGACACCAAGACCUAUCACGAGGCCAGUGAAGACUGCAUCUCCCAGGGCGGCACCCUCAGCACCCCCCAGAACGGUGAUGAAAACGACGCGCUCUAUGAGUACAUGAGGAAGAGCAUUGGGUCAGAAGCAGAUGUCUGGCUCGGCAUCAAUGACCUGGCAGCUGAGGGCAAAUGGGUGGACAUGACAGGCAGCAGCAUCCGCUACCGGAACUGGGAGACUGAGAUCACCACCCAGCCGGAUGGCGGCAAACUGGAGAACUGUGCAGCCUUGUCAGGGGUUGCCAUUGGCAAGUGGUUUGACAAGAAAUGCAAGGAUAAAUUGCCGUAUGUGUGUCAGUUCAUGAUUGUGUAACAGCAGGGCUCCUACUGCUGAUGUGUAGGCCAGGUUAUUCUGUUUGGCAUCAGGAAUAUAUAUAAAUAGCUUAUCUAUUUGCACAUAUAUACAUUAUAUAUAUACAAAAAGAUAAACUAUUUGCAAAUAAAGUCAUCAUGGCCUGGUAAUGCGUUAGAGCACAUUAGAUCUAUGCUGCAUUUUAAUUGGCUAAAAGCUACUUCCAACUCCAUAGCAGCUGCAUUGUUCUUACUAAGGCAUGAUUUAUAGAUAUAUUUUUUUACAUCAGAAAUGUACUAGGAUGGCUUAUGUGAUUUAAUAAAGAACCAGUGCAACACUCCAACUUUGCAACCCAUAGAGUAGGUUACAUGAGCCGCAUUAAAUUGUUGCUGUAGAUACUUUUCCUGCAAUUCCCUUUCCAUCAUUGCUGAUUUUAUCAAGCUAUCCAUGAACUAAUCAAAUAUUUUCCUCCUGCCAAUUCAUGGCCCAGUUCUGCUCCCCUUGCUCUGGGAGUUUGGCGUCAGGAGAGACGGACUGAGCUUUCAUUCAGUGAAAUCAGAAUUCACUGUAAUCGAGAUCAGAAUCAGUUUCAUGCUGAUGAACAUGUUGUUCCAAACAGUAGGGCAAGUUCUUUUCCCCUGACUUUGACUUUUAAAAUGGAGACUACUUGCAGAGUAAAGUACUGCUGUGAUGUUGGCAGGGUUGGGCCCUCUGGACAUCCUCAUGCGAAUUAGAAAGAAGUAGACUGAUCUAUACAGAAGAAGGGUGGGAUUUUCAUAAGAACUCAGGGCUGGCCUAAAGUAAAUUGAUUUCAGUGAAAGUGGUUAGUCCAGGUGCUUCUGAAAAAUCCCACCAGGAAGCUUUAUUUUGGAAAAAGUACUGAUCAUUUACUAACUCAUUAAUUACAAUAUAGUUUGUUUCUGUGGCCAUUGGCUGGGCUCUUUGGGAACCGUAGAGGUAUAAAAGAUCAUUGAAUCCCAAGAAAAUCAGAUUUAGCCACUUUAAGGCUCAUAUGAUCUAUUUUAGCAAUGGACUGUGUUACCCUAGCUGACUCUUGUCAUCUGAUUGCAUAACUGAAAUGCUCUCAUAUCUGUUGCUUUGGCUUAAUGUCCUCACCACGCAGGGCCAGCGUUUCAGCUGGUGUCAAUCAGUGUAGCUUUGUUUGCUCCCUGGCUACAAUGGAGCUAUAAUGAUUGACACCAGCUGAAAAUCUGGUGUCGGUAUUUGUUUGCUAGGAAGAGGAUUAUAUUUCAAUAAAAACAUUUGUUUUAAAGAAGCAAUGAUGGAAACAUAAUGGCAGGCCUGGACCAUGACAGUUUAAUGAGGCUUUGAUAAAGUUGUUUUUCUUAAAGUUUGCUGAAAUGUAUCAUUGGUUCUUUAAGUCUGCUGUGCUUGAUGAUAAUCCAUUUAGUUGAGGUUACUUAUUCCUUGCACUGUCAUGCAAAGGCCUCAGAUGUAACAUGUUCUUCUAAAGCCCAUUGGAAUAACAUUUCAAGUCACUGAUUUGUUUAUAAACAACAUGAGCUGGGUGUCUUUCAGAAUUGAUAGUAGGAGGGCCAAACAGGAAGACAGUGCAUACUUCUGAGCAUACUACUGCCAAACUCUCCGCUGUUCACACGACUAUAAAAUAAAUCUAUAUAGCUUUGCUCAGAGAAUGAAGUCAAUUGGUUUUAAUGGAAUGCUUUCUUCUUCAGCGGCUAGCAUUUCCUUUCAGAGCCACUCCCCA